CUGUCGCCUACCCUUGAUAUUCUACAAUGUAUUAAAGCUCCAGCUGGGGUGUUUCGGUUUGAAUUUUUGAAAUCUGAUGUUGUGAUAGCAGCCGUUACCGAUGGCUCGUUGUUCAUCACUACUUUUGAAGCAUCACCCUCCACGGAAUCUAUUCCUGUUUCUGGAGACAUGCUUCUCGAUGUUUCUUCUUCAUCGCGUACUGAUGUGGCUUGUACUGACAAAGCUGGCAAUGCUCAUAUCGUUGACAUUAAUACUGGAACAGUAGUCGCCACUUGGAAAGCUCAUUCACUACCAUAUACAAAUGAAGGGUGUGAGGUGUGGACAUGUAGCUUAAAUGAUACGCUACUUUGUACUGGUGCUGAAGACGCUACGCUCAAAGUAUGGGAUACUCGAACGAAGACGUUGGUUCAACGGCUUACUGAUUUUGAUGCUGGUAUAACCUACAGCAGUUGGCAAGAGGAACAUGGCUCGUUAGUCUGUAAAUACAUUCUAUGCCAGUUAUCACUGCUCAGCGAAGGACUGAUCAUCCUAACAGGCAGUUAUGACCAGCACAUACGAUUAUUUGAUACGAGGCAAACCAAAGAACCGCUGAAAACCAAGGAGACUGCUGGUGGUGUCUGGCAUAUUGAAGAUCAUAUGCGAACUGGAAAGCGCUAUCACAUGGCUGCAUGUAUGUACGGAGGAUGGACUUUCCUUGACGAUAAUUUUGACGCAAUCACAUCAAAUGAAAAAGCUGGACAAGAAUUACUCUAUGGCGUAACAAUGCCUAGUGAAAGUUUACUUGUUUAUACCACAUUCAACGAUUACAAGGUUACCGCUGUUAAUAUUUGAUA